AUGAGGCUCACGCUUCUAGCAGGCUUGUGCUUGGUGCUUUGUCAUGUUGCUUCAUCCAAGCAACUGGUGUGCUAUUUCACCAACUGGUCCCAGUACAGACCAGGUACUGGAAAGUACAUGCCCGCCAAUGUGGAUCCUUUCCUCUGCACUCAUCUGAUAUAUGCUUUUUCUAUGAUUAACCAUGCCAACGAGCUUGUCACAUACGAAUGGAACGAUGAGACUCUCUACCAGGCCUUUAAUUCCUUAAAGAACAGAAAUCCCGGUCUUAAAACUCUUUUGGCUGUUGGAGGAUGGAACUUCGGUUCAACCCAGUUUUCCAUCACCGUCUCCUCAGCUGCCAACCGUCAAAAGUUCAUCCAGUCGUCCAUCUCUUUUCUGAGGAAGUAUGGAUUUGACGGUCUGGAUGUGGACUGGGAAUACCCAGGUUCCAGAGGCAGCCCUCCUGAGGACAAACAGAGGUUUACCUUGUUGUGCAAGGAACUCCUGGAAGCCUAUGAGGCUGAGGCAAAAGAAACUGGCCGGCCUAGACUCAUGGUUACCGCUGCAGUAUCUGCAGGCAAAGGCACAAUUGAUGCUGGAUAUGAAAUCGCUGAGGUUGCCAAGUAUCUCGACUUCAUCAAUGUGAUGACCUAUGACUUCCAUGGAACUUGGGAAACCUUCACAGGACACAACAGCCCCUUGUACCAGGGUUCUGAGGAUUCUGGAGAUCUUAUUUACUUCAACACCGACUAUGCCAUGAGGUACUGGAGGGACAACGGUACUCCUGUAGAGAAACUAAGGAUGGGAUUCGCCACAUAUGGCCGUACCUUCCGUCUCACCUCUGCAGCUAAUGGAAUUGGAGCCCCAGCCAGUGGACCAGCCGCUGCUGGAACUUACACUCGAGAGGCUGGCUUCUGGUCCUAUUAUGAGAUCUGUGGCUUCCUGGAAGGAACAAAACUUCAGUGGAUUGAGGAUCAGAGAGUACCUUACGCCAGCAAGAAUAAUGAAUGGGUUGGCUUUGACACCAGAGAGAGCUAUGAGAUCAAGGUCCGUUAUCUGCAAGAGAACAAGUUCGGAGGUGCUUUCGUUUGGGCUCUGGAUCUUGAUGACUUUGCUGGGGAGUUCUGCGGGCAGGGCAAGCAUCCUCUUAUGGGCCACCUACACCGACUUUUGGCGAUUGAAAUUCCUCCACUGCCUCCUACCACUACACCCAAACCUGGUGCCACAACCACCCCCACAACCACCACGACUACCACACACGAGCCUGGACCUGGAUUCUGCAAUGGAAAGCCUGAUGGCAUGUAUGCUCAUCCUGAAGAUCCGAAUAAAUUCUAUGAUUGUGCCGGGGGUAAAACAUAUGUAAGGAAUUGCGGACACGGAACAGUGUUUGAUGAUAAAUGCAAGUGCUGUACCUGGCCCGUACGUUCUGCUCAUUAG